AUGGAUUCAUCUAACUCCCAGGGAGUGGUUGCACAACUAUCAAGGCGGGUUCAGACUCGCAAGGCUAGCCGCGAGAACUCUUUAAGGGGAAAGCUUCUAACUUCCCUUGGAACACAUGAGAUUUUCAGCUCAGAGACAUGGAAAGCAGCUUUCACAGAGUUAGUGGCAACUGCUCUUAUGUUGUUCACAAUGACAACUUCCAUAAUUGCAUGCUUGGACUCACAUGAGACCGAUCCUAAGCUUCUUGUUCCCUUUGCAGUAUUCAUCAUACUCUUCUUGUUCCUACUUGUGACAGUUCCUCUAUCUGGGGGUCAUAUGGGCCCUGUUAUCACAUGCAUAGCUGCUCUAAAGGGUGUUGUGACUCUUACUCGUGCUCUCAUGUACAUGUUAGCACAAUGCAUCGGCUCAAUACUUGGUUUCUUUUUACUUAAGUGUGUGAUGGAUCCAAGGUUAGUAGAUACAUAUUCCUUGGGAGGCUGUGCCAUUGGAGGAAUAAAUUCUGGUUUACCACAGCAACAAGCAUUGUUAUUGGAAUUCACUUGCUCAUUUGUGCUACUCUUUGUGGGUAUCACAUUGGGAUUUGACAAGAAAAGGUCAAAGGAAAUGGGCUUGCCAAUGGUAUGCUUUGUGAUAGCAGCAUCCUUGGCACUAGCAAUAUUUGUGUCAAUGACUGUAACUGGGCGUCCUGGUUAUGCAGGUGUGGGCCUUAACCCAGCAAGAUGCUUAGGCCCAGCAUUGCUUCAUAGAGGCUCGCUGUGGAAUGGGCAUUGGGUUUUCUGGGUUGGGCCCUUCUUGGCCUGCAUAAUAUAUUAUGGUGUCACUCUCAACUUUCCAAAAGAGGGUUUUAAUUGGGUAGAUGGGGAAUAUGAUGUCUUAAAGUUGGCUAGGAGUUCUUGCGUGCCUGUUUCUAAAACUGAUAUUAGAGUAGAAGGCAGUGCAGAGUUUGAAGUCCAUGUAUGA